GGGGCGGGGCUGAGUCCAGGUGCGCCUCGGCGUCCACUUGGCAGAGCGCCUGGGAGCCGCCUGUGGGCAGGAGAGGAUCUGUCAAAUGCGAGGUUCCUUUAAUAAGAGCGACCAGUCCGGCUCCGAGAGUCAUGGCGACCGCAGCGUCUAACCACUACAACAUCCUCACCUCCAGCGCAUCCAUCGUGCACUCGGAGCCCGGCAGCAUGCAGCAAGCCACGGCGUACCGGGACGCGCAGAGCCUGUUGCAGAGCGACUACCCGCUGCAGAGCAACAGCCACACGCUCAGCCACGCACACCAGUGGAUCACGGCGCUGUCCCACGGAGAGGGAGCCCCGUGGUCCUCCAGCCCGCUUGGCGCGGAGCAGGACAUCAAACCCGCGGUGCAGGGCGCCCGGGACGAGAUGCACAACUCCAGCAGCAACCUGCAGCACCAGUCACGGCCACCCCACCUGGUGCACCAGACGCACGGGAACCACCACGACGGCCGGGCGUGGAGAACCACCACCGCGGCGCACAUACCGAGCAUGGCUACGACGAACGGCCAAAGCCUUAUUUACUCCCAGCCGGGCUUCAGCGUCAACGGGCUGAUCCCAGGCAGCGGGCAGGGGAUGCACCACCACAACCUAAGAGACAGUCAUGACGACCACCACAGCCCGCACCUCAGCGAACACGGCCACCCUCCGUCCCAGCAUCAGCACCAGCACCGGCCGCAGAGCCACCACGACCAUUCGGACGAGGAUACGCCGACCUCGGACGACCUGGAGCAGUUCGCCAAGCAGUUCAAACAGCGGAGGAUCAAGCUGGGCUUCACGCAGGCGGACGUGGGACUCGCCCUGGGGACCCUGUACGGAAAUGUGUUUUCCCAAACCACCAUAUGCAGGUUUGAGGCCCUGCAGCUCAGCUUCAAAAACAUGUGCAAGCUGAAGCCUCUGUUGAACAAGUGGUUGGAGGAGGCGGACUCCACCUCGGGCAGCCCGACCAGCCUGGACAAAAUCGCGGCGCAGGGGAGGAAAAGGAAAAAACGGACUUCAAUCGAGGUAAGCGUAAAGGGAGCUUUGGAGAGCCAUUUUUUGAAGUGCCCUAAACCGGCAGCGUCGGAAAUAAUCAGCCUGGCGGACAGUCUGCACCUGGAGAAAGAAGUGGUGAGGGUUUGGUUUUGUAACAGGAGACAGAAGGAGAAACGCAUGACCCCUCCAGGAGCUCUGCCGGGGAGCGAGGAUGUGUACGGGGACACGCCGCCGCACCACGGGGUCCAGACCCCGGUCCAAUGAACUCUUUUGGACCGCUUCUCCAGGACAUGUUUAUCCUUUUUAUUUAUCCCCAAGGUUAUAUAUAAAUCACUGGACUAUGAGACGCUAUAGUGGGUGUUUUAUGUAUAAUAGAUUGCAGUGAGUACUCACACAAUAUCUGCAGUGAAUAUCUGAGAAAUGGAAAAUGAGUGAGGGGAGGACAGGACAUUUUAUUUUUUUUCCUCUCCAGAGCUAAAAGGAACAUAAGCCUGUGUUGUGUUCUCCGAGGAUACAUGCCCAGCACUGUGACUCCAGUCGACGCAGUUUCAAGGUGUAGCCCCUAUUGUGUAUUGAAAUUAUACUUGACGAGGAAAAAAAGAGCGGGAGGGGGAGGAGGGAUACCUGGUUUUUAGUCGAAAAGCUGAAUGCUUUCCAUUCGCCACUUUUAUAUCAAAUCACAAAACACAUUUCUGUUUUUGUUCCUGCGCGUAAAAAAAAAACAAAAAGGGGAAAACAAAAUGCAAAGGCGUUUAGUUUUGUAGCUCUUAAAUUGUGCGUCCAGCAGUGAUGGGUCGGUUGGUGGUGCAAAAGGGGGGCGAGGGAAGGUAGGAGGAGGAGGGUUGGGGAUGGGGAGUGGGGGGUCAAAGGAACUGCGUUAAUGGAGUAAACUGGAGGCUAGUAAAGGCUGCAGCCCCAGUCCAGUGGAGUCCAGCUGAGGGUGAGCAUCGCCUGAGUCCCAUCUGUCAGCCAGACAGCACAGAGCCGCUCUGCAUGCAGAACACUGCUGGGAAACUGCAGGCCAUUCAGCUUAUUUAUUCUGUGAGGAGAGGGUCAGGAUUCACAUGAACACAAAUUAUUAUUAUUAUUAUUAUUAUUAUUAUUAUUAUUCACAAGCUGUUCUUUUCAUUUAUUUGUCAGGUCGUUGCCAUGCAUUUCAUUUCAGCCAUUUUGUUCAUCUUCUAUCGUCUGUGUUGCUUUAUCACACGGGGGAACUUGCUCGUAGACAUUUGAUUUUAUUUUUUAGUAAUGUUAAUGAGAUUGUAAUUUAUUAUACGACCGCUUUUAUAGAUGACACAAAGUGCGAGAUAUAUAUAAGAUGACACCGAGGAGGCUUUUGUUUUGUAGAGAAGAACAGAGACAUAUUUUUAAUUUUUCAUUUCUUUGGUUUGCUUUCAGCGGGAUUGCCACAGCCUGGACCGUCACAGCUAAAUGUAUAUACAUCUUUUCUCCGUACAGUAGCUUGAUUUUGGUUUUAUGCAAAAACAGAUAUCCAGGGAUUGUUUUUUUUUUUUGUUUGUUUGUUUGUUUUUUUCAUUUUAUUUUUCCUCUCAUGUGGAAACAGCUUCUUUUUCUCCUCCCUCCUGAUUUGUGUUCCUCAUGCAGAAAACAAUAAGCAGAAACGAUCAUGGCAUUGAAGUCUUUCCUCAGUAGCUUUAAUGAAUCGAUCCAACUCAUAAUUCACUGGAAAUUCAAGUUGUGGGAUGUAGACCUGUAGCAAUCCGACGCUGUUUUCUUGUUGUUUUUGUUUCAUUGCUUGUUAAACCAGUGGUUUGGGGUUAUUUGGGGGGAUAUAGGCUCUGUCAUAUUCACUGGAUGAACUUGGGGUAGAUAAAGCAGAGGUGAUAAACGCCUGUAGGUGUUUCAUCACUUGACACAUGAACAACGGACUUGCACAUUUUUAAAUAAUGGGGUUGAUAUUAAACAGCUUUUUUCCAACGUCCAGGCUAAAUGUUUUUUUAUUUGAAUCCAUAAUGCUGCUGCGGUGAGUUCACUGUCUGCCUGACAUCUGUGCUGCUAAAAAAA